AUGAGUUUAAGAAGUUUAUAAUAAGGACAAAAUCAAUCUUAAAACUAUGAAAAGCCUGAAUCAAACUAGCAGCAAUUAGGUUCACCUUCUCAAAGAUAUGCUCGUGAUGAUGCUUCCAAUCACAAAGAAAUGAGUGAGUGGAUGGCAAAGAAAAAUCGCUAGCAAUCAGAAAAAUAAAUUGAUUUAAUUCUAAAUCGUAUCAACCUCCUCAAGAAAGAGUAAGAGAAAACUUAGAAAAAAAUAGAAGAUACCAAAAUAAAGACAUAGAAGGUUAUUGAUAUGAAACGCAGAAAUCAAGAAAUGAAUUAAUAGAAAAAUUUCAGCAGACAAAACGAUGGAGAAUAUCUCAAGUUGCUUUAAAGAAAAAGCUAUGAGAUGAGACGCUAGUAAGAGGAAGAAAGGGAAGCAAUUAGAAAUGCUUUGAUGGAAAUGAAAAAGGAAGAACGCAAUGAAGUAAAAAAAUUGCGUGAUUUAAACUAAAAGAAAAUUGAAGAAAUUCGUAACAAAUAAAGAAAUGAAAACAGAGAGAAGCAUGAUAAAGUUAAAAAAUUAGAAGUCGAAUCUAGACAAAAUGUAGAGAGAUAUUGGAAUGUGCACAUGGAUAACAUCUAGAGAGAGUCUAUGAUGCGCAAGAACAUGCACUUAAAGGCUAAGAGUUAAAAAGAUUUAGUGCUUUCACGUCUUGAGAGGUAAGAACUAGAGCUCAUUUAAAAACUCGAGCAAUCACAAGAUUUUCACUAUAAUGCCUAAAGAGAAUUAGAAAAUAUCUCUUAAAUGUCAAACUAGGAAGUUGCUUCUAAAUAUCCUCCUUAAAAUGAGAGGUAAAAUGGAGGUCUAUCACCAAACGGUAAAAGUGGUAUGUAUAAUUCUUCUCAAUUCAGUAAAGCAAAUAGAAAUUCAUCUUAAUAUGAUGGAAGUCGUAGGAUAACAUAAGAAUCAUAAAAAAACAUUGGAUAAAAAAAUGAUAAUAAUUCAUCGCAAAUAUCAAAUUAGAAUGCUUGA